AUGGGCAAAUCCGACGCCGAUGUCGUUUGCGAGUUCAACGAGUAUGUCAACAUGACCGUUGCCGAACUGCAAAAGUGGCUCUCCUCUUCCGAAUCGCAAGAGAGCGGUUGGGGCGAUGCGGGACAAGGCGAAUCCGUGGGUCACGAAUCUGGUCGCAAGAUUGUCGACAUUUUGAAGCGCAAUCCCAAAAAGCAGCAGGACAAGUAUACGCAAGAGGAUCUGCAGCACAUGAGAAAGGUCGCUGCUUACUGCAAGAGGCAUCUCGCUCGUGCGUCUUGCCACGCCGCCCAAGCAUUCCCCGUCGUGUGUGGACACGCGCACGCAUGACGCUCUCGCUCACGCUCUCUUUUCCACCUUGUUGCGCGCGCACAGAGGAAGGCCCUCUCAAGGACCGCAAGUCAGAAGACGAGCUGAAACAGACGAAAUCCUACAAGAGCCUCGCAAACUGGGGUAAGUCGUUUUGCGCAAGCGUCGCGCUACCAAGCAUCACACUCUGACUCACACGGCAAAUGCCAUGUCAGGCCACGACAUGCUCAAGGCUUGA